AAAGAGAGUGGCAGGUUUGACAGGAAGUACGCAGGAAUGCUCGAUGCGAUAAUAGAUGGCAACAUGACGGUGCGUUGUCAGCGCAGUGGGUCGCUAGGCGGGGACGCGCAGAGGCCAGUAGUGCCGUACGAUACAGAGCGCAAACAGCAGUGUCCGGCCGGGGGGCGGAGCAGCGCGGCCGCGAUAACGCGGAUGUGGCUGGUCGGCUAGCGCGGCACAGCCAGUGCCACUGCGGGCCUACUGUCCUGUCCUGUGCCGCCAUGGACUCGUACCAGCUGGAGCGCAGGCUGCGCCGGCCCGUCGUCCUCGCCUACAAGAAGCGGGGAGACAGGGACUACAUCGGCUUCGCGACUCUGCCGGAGCAGGUGCACCGCAAGUCGGUGAAGCGCGGCUUCGAGUUCACCCUGAUGGUGGUGGGCGAGUCGGGUCUCGGCAAGUCCACGCUCGUCAACAGCCUCUUCUUGUCCGACCUGUACAAGGACCGGCGCGUGCCCGAUGCCAACGAACGCAUUGAGAAGACAACUAGCAUUGAGAAGAAGACGAUGGACAUUGAGGAGCGAGGUGUGCGGUUACGACUGACUGUUGUUGAUACGCCAGGAUUUGGAGAUGCAGUGAACUGUGAAGACAGCUGGCGUGCAUGCUGCAACUAUGUGGAUGAACAGUUCCAACAAUACUUCAGGGAUGAAAGUGGUUUGAACAGGAAAAACAUACAAGACAACAGGGUUCACUGUUGUCUCUAUUUUGUACCACCUUAUGGCCACGGCCUGCGGCAGCUGGAUCUGGAGUUUCUGAGGAGACUUCACAGAAAAGUGAAUAUUGUGCCUGUUAUUGCCAAAGCUGACACACUUACUGCAAAUGAGGUUCGCAGGCUCAAGGAGAGGGUAAUGGCCGAUAUUGAGGACAACAAAAUACAGAUUUAUCAGUUUCCUGAUUGUGACACUGAUGAAGAUGAAGAUUUUAAGCAACAGGAUAGAGAACUGAAAGCCUGCGUUCCAUUUGCUGUAGUUGGAAGCAACACUGUGCUAGAAGUAGCAGGAAAGAGGGUCCGGGGAAGACAAUAUCCCUGGGGUGUGGUGGAAGUUGAAAAUCCAAAACAUAGUGACUUCAUUAAACUACGAACAAUGCUUAUUUCUACCCACAUGCAGGAUCUGAAAGAUGUGACACAAGAUGUUCACUAUGAGAACUUUCGUGCACAAUGCAUUUCUCAGAUAUCGCAGCAGGCAAUCAGAGAGCGGAGCAAACUGAAGAGAGAUUCUGGUCCUGCAUAUGAACCAGUAACCAUCAGUGACACUGAUCGUCUCCUUUUACAAAAGGAUGAAGAGAUUCGGCGCAUGCAGGACAUGCUAACACAAAUGCAAGAGAGGCUAAAGGCCACAGGUGCAAGCCCGAUGUUUCGUCAAAUGAGUCCAGGUAGGCAGUCGUCUCAAGAACCACAAGACAGUGUUGUUAAUGUCUGAAACUGAAGAUGAUAAUUUGUGUAUUUAAAUAAUCAAAUAUUUUGUGUUGAAGAUUUUGUAUGUAGAAUUGUUCGACUGUUUUAUAUGUAUACAUGUCAGCUUUGAAUGGAUUGUACUCAGUUGUUAUGUAAAGAAAUAUUCAUAAUUUUUUAA